AUGGCUCCGAAACCUUGGGCGUCCCCAGAGCAGCUCGUGUUCCUAGAGGCUAGGGUGGUGUCUUACCGUAAACAUCAGGCUGAGCAGAGCUUGACACGUUUCCGUGUUGAACUCUAUCGCGAGUGGUUCCAAACCUACCCAGAGAGGGAUGUUGUGUUCCCGGGGCGCACCGAGGCGCUCACCGAGGAGGAGCUUGCGAUCGUGGCCAAGGCUAAUGAGGAUCGAAAAUCAAAACUGCGCAACUGUCGCUGCGAAGAUGAAGCCGCGAGGCUUGCGAAGAAGGAGUACACGAGGGGACAGAAGCUAAUCUUAAUAAAGCACGAGACCUGCGAGGCGUUCAAGCACGAGACCGACGAGGUGAAGGCCGAGAUCGAGGGCGAGGUGCGUGCGGUGAAGGAGGCCGAGGCGGAGACUCCUGGAGAAGGUGAGAGCCAGGCCGACGGUAAUAUCAGCGAGGCUAGUCGUCAAGCUGUCAUCGACGACUUACCGGCGGUCUUCGGACAAUUCUUCGGUGCUGUCCACGCGAAGACGAAAUUCUACUGCAUGGUGUUCGCUGUGGGCAAGGAACCAGGCAGCGACAAGAUGACGAUCCUAACGGUUCCUGAAAGAUAUCACUCAGAGCCGCCUCAGCGGGAGUAUAAUUUCAGCUCGUCGAUACCCGACUUCAAGGGUCGCUUUGUUCGGCCAUUCGCCGAGUAUGUUAAGGACGAGUGGACACGCGAUGAGGAUGAAGAGAGAGAGGAAUCCCAGACACCCGAGCCGGACACCGGCGCUCCCAGCACCACAGGCCCUGAGGACAACCUCGAAAUCGUUGCGGGUGAUACUACCACCACCAACUCUGCGCACGGGUUGCUGACCGCGGUAGCUGAUCCUCAGACCGUCGAGGAGGAGCAGAUCAUCGAGGAGGAGCAGAUCGUCGAGGAGGAGCAGAUCAUCGAGGAGGAGCAGCUUGAGAGCGCCAUCGAGGACCCUCAGAGCGUCGAGGACCUUCCGUCCGUCCCUGUGGAUUCACCUACCACGGUUGUCGACAACAUCAACCCUUUGGAGCUGGUUAGCGAUGCUGUCCCUUCCACAUCUUGUGAAGGAGAGAUCGUGGCGCCUGAGCUCACCGGCGCCAGCGCCCCCGAUUCCUCGGUGGAGAACUCCGUGUCGCGGUCAGACACCGACUUCCCUCCUCUGGCUGCUGACCCCGAUUGGGACGAGUCCACGUCGAUGCUCGACCUGCUUCUUGGCCCCGCUCCUAACCAUCUCUCUCCGUCCGACGUCUACUUCUCGCAGCUCGAUUACUCUCAGUUUCACCCUGAUGCUCCUCUACUUUUCCCAGCUCAGUUUCAAGCUACCCCACCAGUUCGCCACGACUUGCGCUAUCAGUCGGAUGGUGGCGACGUACGCACUAUGGCGCUGAUGGGCAACGAGAACUACGUAUUUCCUUCAUCUGCGAACCCCAUGGCCUCGAUGCCACAGUCCUACUACCCGGCGCCUUCUGCAUACCCGGCCAUGUUGAUGCAUGCGUCGCUACCUACAGGAAUGGUACCAUCGUACUUCCCUCGCGGAGGCUGGACUGGGAUGCACGUUCAAGGCAACCAAGUUGGAACAGGAUAUGCCGAUGACGCCCAACCUGCGAUGCCGACGACCAUCCAGCCUCUGCCAACGACGACUAUCCAGCCUGCGAUGCCGACGACCGUCCAGCCUGCGAUGCCGACGACCGUCCAGCCUGCGAUGCCGACGACCGUCCAGCCUCUGCCAACGACGACUAUCCAGCCUGCGAUGUCGACGACCGUCCAGCCUGCGAUGCCGACGACCGUCCAGCCUCUACCAACGACGACUGUCCAGCCCGCGAUGCUGACGACCGUCCAACCUCUGCCGACGACGACUGUCCAGCCCGCGAUGCCAAUGAUCGUCCAGCCUCCGCGGCCGAGGACCGUCCAGCCUUCGCCGACGACGGCCACGCAAUCUCCGCCGACGACGGCUGUCCAGCCUCCGCCGACGAUGACCGUCCAGCCUGCACUUGCGCCGCCGACAACCACCCAGCCGGUGCCGACAACGGUUGCCCAGGGUGCGCGUCCACCUCCUUCGCCGCAGACGAUCACUCCUGGCACGGUCAGCCCUGGUGUCCUCUCACUGCGGGAGAACAUUCCCUCUGUGACUAGUGCUCAAGUUGUCGAGGGCACCGUGUCUUGCUCUUCUGAUACUUCACAGGGGAGUGUUGCGGCAGCACGACCACAGCGCAUGCGGCGCCCACCUACGAAUCCCGACGGCACGCGACCGAACAACCUGCCUGGCGGCCCAGACACGGAGAAGGAGAAGAAGGAGAACCGUGAUGGGGUGGCGUUGAAUGGAAAAAGAAAGAGAGUUGUUGCGGCUGCCAGUGCAUCACCGAAGAAGAGGAAGUAUCGUGUUGUCAUGGUUGAGGAACUUACAAUACACUCGACGUCUAAUGUAUGGAAAUUCAUGUGCGAGCCCACGCGGAACCGUCUACGCCUCUUCAUUAAUGUGUAUGCCGGAGGUACUUGGCAGCGCUCGCUUCAACAGAAGAAAAUGGUUUACGUACUGGUACGGAAGUGUCAAGGCCUCAAUGAUCGAGGCUCGGCGAUGUUCGCUGGUGAUAUGAGGAACUACGACGUUGAGCGACCGGCCUGCGCAUCUAUGUUCAUCAGUGGACCUCGUCAAAUGCGAGAAGACGUCGGGCUGCACCGUGACGCAGGGCUCAGGAGUGCCAUUGGUGGAAGAGGAGGCGGCCAUGGCAGCGUCCGAGUCGGCGAAUUGUCAAAACCAGUCCGGCCGGCCUGUUUGCAAGAGGAAAUCACAGCUCCGGCCGGAGGCGGCUUUACUGUUUGCAACGGUCGAAAUGCACUCCGGCUGUACCCCAGUGCGUGGGUUCUUUGGUUUCAUCCAAGACGAGCUUACAAGUGUGCUUUUGGCAAGCUUGAAACAUGCGGAACCUGGCCUCACCACUACGACAUCUGGCGAUCCCAGCUGAGUCAUAAGAAUGACGUUGAAAAGAGAACAUUCCUCGACUGGGUCGCCAUGGGGAACAAAUUUGCUUUCGUGGCGGGAGGAGUCCAGAACCUCAGAGUUCCUUUGGGCGCGGUCGAUGGCCAUUCUGCCCAAGACAUAGGCAACAUGCUACGAUGGCCGGACGACUCACGAGCGGGACGUAUGGUAAAAGAUACAGUGAUCCCAACUGUAUCACUCCUACAGAAGCACUACCCGUCGAUGUUUGAAGACCUCUUCCCAAUGUCUAAGACAGGCGGUUCAAACAGUACCCUUGUCCUAGAGCGAAACGACACUUUUUUUGACACACUCAAAUUCAA